CCUUAAUCCUACCUCCUAUGCAAUGUAUACACGCUACACCAAAAUAGAGAAAAGAAAUAGACAAUAAAAACCAAAAUCCGAUGAACAACAACUCUAGAGAAGACCAGUGGUUGCGACACUAUGAACAACACCAAAUUCAAGAGAUUAAUCCGUGCUUCAACGCCAUUAACAUGGGUUCAUCAUCGGGAUCUUCCCUUCAAGAUGGUGGUGCGGUGGCACAAGAAGCUGCCGGAAGGAGAUCUAGGGCUUCGAGGAGAGCCAUACCAACGACCCUCCUAAACGCAAACCCUAGCAAUUUCCGAGCCCUUGUUCAGAAAUUUACGGGACGUUCUGCGGGAGGUGGAUCCAACCGCAGAAAAGGUCCGGUUACUCUAGAUUUUGGGUCUCCUACAACAAUCUCUAAAGAAGCUAUAUUUCCUGUCUCCGCCGAUCGGAGUAAUCACGAUGAUCAUCAUGUGCUUAACCAACACGUGAGUAACGAGCAGCCUCACGUGACUUGGUCAGGUACAGAAUCAACGAUGUCGUACCAGCUAGGAGAGGAAACUAACUCGGCGGUUUACGGCAGCAGGUACGAUGAUCAAGAUCUUCUGAAGGAAUAUUCCGGGAAUAGUAGUUAUGAUGAUAGUUCGGGUCACAUGGAUUAUUAUCACGAUUUCCACCAUGAGACGGCAACAUUGGAGGAGUUUAUGAUGAGAGAUCUUGAUUUAUAAUAUAUAGUAGUUGUUUUUAGUCAAUAAUUGAUAUCAUAGAGAUGAUGAUAAUCAUGAUCUUCAUGUUGUUAUUUAGGGGACUAGUAAUAUUUUGGGAAAAUUGCUUUA